AUGAUUCACCAUGGCAACAAGUGGUGCAACCCAACAGGCACCAAACGGACUUGGCAGCAGCUAAAGAUGAAAUAUAAAAAUGUAGUUCAAACAGCCAACAGAAAAAAGGCUGAGGCCCGCAAAACAGGUGGCGGUCCACCACCACCACCUCUCACAGAGGCUGAAAAGAUGGCCCUCAGUCAGAACAGUGGACGACCCAUUGCUGAGGGCAUCUCUGGGGGGAGUUCAUCGGACCCACCCACGCCCCAGGUCACAGGGGCCUACAUAAGAGUUACUGAUGGUGUAAUCUGUCUCGUUGAGCCUUCUGCCAUAACAGACCUCCAUGCUGUUGAGGAUGAUGAAGAAACCUUAUCAGCUGCCACAGAGAGGGAAGAUGCAGAGAGGCCUGCUGAAAGCCAUGCUGGAAAUUACAAUGGGGAAGAAGGUCCAUCAACCUCCACAGCACAGCUUACCUCACUCCCUGUGAAACAACUUUACAAGGUAUAUUUAGAAUCUCAAAUAAACAAAUCACACCUAGAAAUGGAGCACAUAAGGCUGCAGAUCACCAAAACAGAAAAGGAAAUACAACUGCUGGACCAUCAGUUAAAGGAAAUAAAGAAGACCUCAUAA